AACAAUUUGUUCACCAAGCUGCAUACCGAUGGAGGUUGAUCAGAGGAACCUGAAUAUCCAUCUCUACGAUAUAAAUUGUUGCCGCCAUUGUCAACCACCACUCAGAUGCUCUCUCGGCUGUUGGUCACUGGUACCUAGGUACCUAGCACCUGGCGGGACUCCGCCGUCCUUGUCGUCGCUUAAUUCCCUAGGGCUUACUGGCUCCCAAUUCUAGACCAGAUCUAUUGUAAUGGCGGAUGCCCGCCAACUUUGGAUGAGCGCGGCUCCAAUCGUCGACAUGGAGGUGCUUUGCUUUAUUCAUAUUCCAUCAGCGGCGAAAUGUUCCCUAGAGCCUGAAUUUUAAAUUUGCUUAUUGUGAUUUAGUCUUUCGCAAUCAAGCCGAAAGAACUUGCUCCCCCUCAAAAAAUUGUUCAUAUCAGCAAGUCAGCAGAAUCACAAUGUCUCUCAAUGACAAGGCACCAUCAAAGUCGGCUGUCGAGAGAGACAACCCACCACCCCGGCGCAAGUCAUGCCAAGGUUGCAUCAAGGCCAAACGACGCUGCGAUCUCGGCUUUCCAACAUGUCUUCGCUGCUCACACAGACAGAUCGAGUGUCACUACGACAGCGCUGUCCCCAUUAAUAGAGGUUCUGGCGGGAUCCCGGCAAGCCGCCCUGCACGUUCCAAAAGAAAGCAGGCCCAGGCAGCCAGUGGGCACGCAGCUUUUGAGUCGGGUUCACAGAGCUUGCCGCUGUCCGGGACCUGCGGGACUGCAACCGGCUUUGAUGGGUUAUCCUUCUUGGACGACCCAUCACUGACGAACUUACCUCUGUUUGACAAUGCUCCAACAAGUGCCUUUCCAGGAACAAAGACGGCCGAGUUCAUCCCCAAGGACGAUGGCAUCUUUGGCUGCGAGGGUUCAUUGGAUAACCUUCUUUGUCUUCCUAAUUCCGUGUUUGACGGUCUAGACCUUGAUAGUUUCCAAGAUCCUCCGCAAAACAUGGAUCCGGUGCUUGCUCGGCCGCAGGAACCACCUCAUACAGACCUGGUUUACCUGCCGAUACCGAACAUGGCCACGGAGACCUCCUUCACCAUAUCAUACAUGAUACGUACCCGCUUGUCCUACACCAUACCGAUACUGCUAAGUGCACCCAAAGCUUUUGUCGAGACCACAGGCACACCAUGGAGCCAUCCGUCCCUCUACAAAGAUGGCUUCCCGCCCAUAAUCGAAGAUAUGUAUGCUGCAUGCGCCCUAUACAUGGCCCGCACUCCAAGAAAUGACGCCGUCAUCAUGCGGUCCAUCGAAGGCAGGCUGGCCAAGGCCAUUAACAAUCCCCUGCCGUCAAUCGCUUCAACGCCCGAGGUCUUGUACCGUACCCAGGCUCUGCUCAUGUACCAAAUCAUGCGGACGCUGGAUGAGGGCCUCGCCAGCCGGGUCGACGAUGCCGCCGCGACGGCCGCGUUCGAGGAGUCAAUGAACACGCUGAAAGAUCACCUCAUCAUUGAAGCCGGCUCCACCGACGUGUCGACCACGUUCAUGAUGGCCAGCCUGACCGCCCAGUCAGUCGUCGAUUUUGAAAAGGCUGCAUCGCUGCACACGAAGCAAAGGGGGAUCCGGAGACCCACGAAACCCUUGCAGCUCUACCCGCUGGGUCCGACCCGCGCCUUCUGGGAGCAGUGGGCCUUUAAGGAAUCGGUGCGGCGCACCUACCUCAUCGCCUUCUUCUUCUCUCAGCUGAUGAGGAUGGCGACGGGUGCGCCCAUGGGGACAUGCACGGGUCGGACGGCCACCUGGAACUGCUGGACCCUCGCGGCCGACCUCUGGCGCGCACCGGACGCUAUCGACUUUGCCCAGGCCUGGAACACCAACCACAAGGCCAUCGGGGACGCGGACGACGGCUGCGGCCCGAUCAUCGUCUCCCCGGGGCAGAUUCAGCGCGUGCUGCACGAGGCAAAGGCGGAAGACUUGGAUGAUUUUGCGCGCGUGAUAUUGACCACCACGUUGGGCGUCGAGGAGGCCAAGGCCUGGCUCGCCUCCAAGGGCGGAGUUUUGUGAGCGCGGGGGUGCGUCUCGAUGGGGUUGUGUGGAUGGGCUUGGACGAAUAGAGUUGUUUAGCGAUCGCCUGGUUGAAUAGAGUUGUUUAACGAUCGCCUGGAUGGGUUCGUGGUACACGGGAUGAAACUGCAAAUACCAUUCAGGUUCAGGGGCAUCUAGAAAGAAAGUAGCAUAGGACAAAAGUGGCGCAUGAAGGAGCCGCUGCCGAUUUUGUUUGACUUUUUUUUUUUUUUUUCUUUUCUUCUCAUCCUUUGAGAGAAAUACCCGUUUUGAAAGUCAAUUGACUUUCUGAAUGUUGGGAUGUGUUUUGUCCACCCAUUCCAGGGUAAUCGCGUAAGCCUGGUGGGGCUAGGUAUUGUUUGGUUCACCCCCAAAGUGAGUGGUACCAAUUACACCGGACGGAAGCAAGGUGUUUAUUGUUGGUGCACACCCAUACAAUCACCAACCACAUCACACGUUUGAUCUGGUGUU